UUUCUGUUAACUCCCUUCACUCUUUUUUUCCCUUUGCCACCAUCUCAGAUUCUCAGUUCUGAGAGGGAUUUUUCAGUAUUCGAAUUUGCAGCAGCGAGGGGAAAAAUGGGUGGCAGAGGAAGGUCAAGAACUCAGAGAAAGCACUUCGCUCAAAGCAGAGAAAACAACUGGAAAUACAGCAAAAAUGAUCCCGAGCAGCAACAAAAUGGUACCGCUGAUAAUAAUAACAAUAGAGAAAACAGUAAUCCCAGUUGGAAACCCUUUGUCACCCAAAAUAUUGCCUUUGAAGAAUAUUAUAAGGAGCAAGGGAUUGUGCCACCAGAAGAAUGGAAUACUUUUAUGGACUGUCUUCGAAGUGAAUUGCCUGCUGCUUUCAGGAUCAAUUCAAGUAGCCAAUGCUACUUGGAAAUUCAAGCGAAGUUGGAGAAUGAUUUUAUGAAAUCUCUGCAAGAAGAGGGGACAGAUGGGAGUGAGGUUGUGGCAAUAAGACCAUUACCUUGGUAUCCAGAGAAUCUUGCCUGGCAGUCAACUUUUUCUCGCAAGCAGUUGAGGAAAAACAAAAUACUUGAGAGGUUCCACGAGUUCUUGAAGCUACAAAAUGAGAUUGGUAACAUUACAAGACAGGAGGCUGUUAGCAUGGUCCCUCCUCUGUUCCUGGAUGUACGGCCAGAUGAUUUCAUUCUUGACAUGUGUGCAGCUCCUGGUUCCAAAACGUUUCAGUUACUUGAGAUGAUACACCACUCAGCUGAACCGGGAUCAUUACCUGGUGGAAUGGUCUUAGCAAAUGAUGUUGAUGUUCAAAGGUGUAACCUUCUCAUCCAUCAAACAAAGAGAAUGUCCACUGCCAACUUGAUAGUCACAAAUCAUGAAGCACAGCACUUCCCUAGCUGUCAUUUGAAUAGAACUUAUGGAGAAGGUUCUGAGCCACAAGAAGUGAAAGAACUUGAUAUUGAUCAACUUCUAUUUGAUCGUGUCUUAUGUGAUGUUCCAUGCAGUGGUGAUGGCACUUUACGCAAGGCCCCUGAUAUAUGGAGAAGAUGGAAUGCAGGAAUGGGUAAUGGUCUACAUGGGCUACAGGUUCAGAUAGCAAUGCGAGGAUUGUCUUUGCUUAAAGUUGGUGGAAGGAUGGUUUAUUCAACUUGCUCAAUGAAUCCCAUUGAGAACGAGGCUGUGGUUGCCGAGAUAUUGAGAAGGUGUGGAGGAUCUGUUGAACUCAUUGAUGUCUCCAGUGAACUUCCUCAGCUUGUUAGAAGGCCAGGUCUGAAAAAAUGGAAGGUUCAAGAUAAAGGGAUGUGGUUGACUUCUUACAAUGAAGUUCAUGAUUCUCGCAGAGCUGCAGUUGUUCCUGGAAUGUUUCCCUCUGGCAAAGGCUACGUGGAUGCACCUCAGCAUGGUGAUGAUGCAAGGAGAAGUCAAUUGCCUGAUAAUGGGAGUAAUGGUCAUUCUCAAAAUGGUGUUGGGAUGGUGCAGCAGGAUCCUGCAACUCCUACUACAAUCUUGGACGAGGAAGCUUCAACUCUACCACUGGAACGUUGUAUGAGGAUAGUGCCACAUGACCAGAACAGUGGAGCCUUCUUUAUUGCUGUCUUUCACAAACUUUCUCCUUUGCCAGUCACACAAAAGAAGCAUUGCUAUCAACCAGGGAAGACAACUUCCACGGGAAAUUUCCAAGCACAAAGUUUACCUAAGGUCAAAGAUAUAAAUGCUGAUGAAGUUGAGCAAGUGGAUUCUGUAGGUAAUCAACUAUCUGAAGUGACUAUCGGUGAUGCUGAUAUUCUUGAAAAUGGAAAUGACGAAGCUACACUGGAUACUGACCCCAGUAAAAUAGUGGAAGGAAAAAGGCCGGAGCUGAUUAAACCUUCCAGUGAUGGAAAAGCUGGUCCUGAGUUGGUUACAGGGAGUAGAAAGUUACAGAUGCGAGGAAGAUGGAGAGGAAUUGACCCAAUAUUAUUUUACCACGAGGAGGCAGCUGUGGGUCAGAUAAAGGCCUUCUAUGGCAUCAAGGAAUCCUUUCCAUUCAAAGGUCAUUUGAUUGUGAGGAAUACUGAUAUCGACCAUGUGAAAAGAGUUUAUUAUGUAUCUAAAUCUGUGAAAGAAGUUCUUGAACUCAAUUUUCUAGCUGGUGAGCAGCUCAAGAUCGCUGCUGUUGGGCUCAAGAUGUUUGAGCGGCAAAAAGAUGUUUCUACAGAAUGUGUAUUCCGCAUAACAUCUGAAGGAGUGCCAUUGUUGCUGCCACAUAUUACCAAACAAAUAGUGUAUGCAUCUCCUGUAGAUUUCAAGCUUCUUUUGCAGUACAAGAGCAUUAAAUUUGGCGAUUUUGUGGAUGCUGAAUUUCGGGAAAAGGCUUCAAAGCUGCAGUUUGGUUGUUGUGCAGUGAUUUUGAAUAAAGACAAUAAGACCUUGUCGGAACCUCAAGUGGAUGCAUCAACUAUCGCUAUAGGAUGCUGGAGAGGCCGGAAUAGCAUCACAGUGAUGGUGAUUGCACUUGAUAUCCAAGAACUUCUAGAAAGGAUGUUGACGUAUUCGGAGGAGGAUUCAGAUUCCUUAUUGCUGGAAAACAAGCCAUUGAUUGCUGCUUGAGCAGAUUAAGCUAAAUUGAAAAUAUACAAUUGAGACAAGUUACAGGUAAACUAACAAUUUUGGAAGCUGUAAUAUGUGUACCAUUACAAGGAAAUUUGUAAUAUUUUGAUGUUUAUUUGUUGGUUUCUUCUGUUUGAGACAAUUUCUACAACUAUAGAUUUCAGAUGAAAAAUGGAGGGAAGUGUCCUCUUUGUAAUCAAAAUAUUGAUGGAUCAAUACUCAGCAAUAUUAGUCCAUUUCAAAA